AUGAAAACCUUGUUUGAUAGUGGAUCGCCUACUUCGUUCAUCCGUUCGGAUAUGGUGAAGUUAUUAAACCUGAGGACAUACGAGACACCACCAUUCCGAUUCAGAGGGUUUAUCCCUACCGAUGCGUCAACGACAACGGAAGCCGUAAGUCUAACCGUUCCGGUAGAAGACUUACAGAUCCCAGUAGUGGCAUAUAUCCUGGAGAAUAUGGACUAUCAACUGCUAAUUGCCAAUCCUAUCCUCCGCCGCUACCCGAAACUCUUGUCAAUAAUAUUGGAAUCGACCCCGAACCUGAAAGCUUGUGAAAAUCGUGUCAAGGUUAGCUACCUUGAGCCUGAGUCUACUGGUAAUUGUGGUAAUUCCAGAAGGCCUGAAAUGUCUCUUGCUACCACUACUCUUGAAGCAAUUGACCGGAAAUCCAUUGGCCAUCGUGGUAAAGCCAAAUGUGCAUCUCCUGUUACCACUACUUCUGAGACAGCGAGUGCGCUUGACAACCCUGGUUAUCCAGGUGAUCCCGAGUUAAUCGUUCAAGAGUUGGAGCAGAUUAGGCUACCUGAAGAAGCGGCAUUCCUGGAGGAGAUGGGAGAGAAGUCCCUGGUUGCAAGUGUAAGAGGGUUAGCACCUGUGGUUGUGCGUGAACAAAGGUUGAAAGAUACCGUUGAUGUGCUACCCCCAUGGCUUCAACAAAAGUAUGGGAAGAUUAGAAAUGACCUUCCGCCUAGAUUUUCAAGCUCAGACGAGGCACCCGUGAAACAUGAUAUUGAAAUCAAGAAGAACGCUCGUCUACCAAGACUCCAACCUUAUCAAACUACACAAAAGACUGAGCAAGAGAUCAAUAAGCUUGUCCCUUCCAAGUCCCCGUGUACUUCUCUCCUGCCGUCCUUGUCGACAAAAAAGAUGGAUCAUUUCGACUCUGUGUUGAUUACAGAGAGCUGA